CUGUGGGCGUGGCCGCGCCGGCUCCGUGAGGGGCGCGCGGCGACAGCGGGAUCGGAGAGAGCUUGUCCCGUCCCGUCUCUUCCCGUCCCUUCCCGUCCUGUCCCUCCCCGCAGAAAUGGAUCCCGAAGCCCUCAGAAAAUACUCAGCCUUACAUCCCAAGCCCACCGGCCUGGCUCUGCAGUAUGGCACUGCCGGGUUUCGCACCAAGGCCCAGCAGCUGGAUCACGUCAUGUUCCGCAUGGGCCUGCUCGCAGCCCUCAGGUCCAAAGCCGUGGCAGCAGCUAUUGGUGUCAUGGUUACAGCAUCUCACAACCCUGAGGAAGACAAUGGCAUAAAACUGGUUGAUCCUCUUGGAGAAAUGCUGCACCCUUCCUGGGAAGAGUAUGCCACACAACUAGCAAAUGCUGAGGAGCAAGAAUUACAGGAAGUGAUAAGUGAGAUCUGCCAAAAAGCAGAAGUGAACCUGCACAAAGAUGCUUUGGUUUUUAUUGGUAGAGACACCAGGCCAAGCAGCGAGAAACUCUCCCAGUCAGUAAUAGAUGGGAUUCUUGUUUUGGGUGGUCAGUACCAUGAUUAUGGUCUGGUGACAACACCACAGCUGCAUUACAUGGUCUGCUGUCAAAACACCCAAGGGCAGUAUGGGAAAGCAACGCUGGAAGGCUAUUAUGAAAAACUAUCCAAAGCUUUUAUGGAACUGAUAAAACAGUCUCACAGCUCUGGAGAGUGUCAGAGGCACCUGAAGAUUGACUGUGCCAAUGGAAUAGGAGCCCUGAAACUAUCAGAAAUGAAGCCCUACUUUCCACAAGAGGUGCUAAUUCACAUAUAUAAUGAUGGAACCAAGGAGAAACUCAAUCAUUUAUGUGGUGCAGAUUUUGUGAAGGUUCAUCAGAAACCACCCAGAGGGCUAGACAUGAAGCCCAAUGAGAGAUGCUGCUCCUUUGAUGGCGAUGCAGAUAGAAUUGUUUAUUACUAUAAGGAUGCAACCGGCCACUUUCACCUAAUUGAUGGAGAUAAAAUAGCAACUUUAAUUAGUAUCUUCCUUAAAGAACUUCUUGCCAAGGUGAGACAGAACUUCGAGAUGGCCGUGGUACAAACAGCGUAUGCCAAUGGGAGUUCGACACGCUACCUCGAGGAAACACUAAAGGUACCUGUGCACUGUGUCAAAACAGGAGUGAAACACUUGCAUCACAAGGCCCAGGAGUUUGAUGUUGGUGUUUAUUUCGAGGCGAAUGGACAUGGUACAGUAUUAUUUAGUAAAUCUGCUGAAACUAAAAUAAGACAAUUGGUGAAAGAGGAGAAGGAUGAUGAGAAAAGAGAAGCAGCAAAGGUGCUUGAAAACAUGAUUGACCUGAUUAAUCAGACUGUUGGCGAUGCCAUCUCAGACAUGCUGGUUAUUGAAGCAAUCCUGGCCUUGAAAGGUCUGACUGUGCAACAGUGGGAUGCCCUCUACACUGACCUUCCCAAUCGGCUGCUCAAAGUUCAGGUUGCAGACAGGCGUGUUAUUGACACAACGGAUGCAGAAAGACGUGCGGUUACACCUCCGGGACUGCAGGAGAAAAUUGAUGCCCUUGUGAAGAAGUACAAGCUGUCACGAGCUUUUGUCCGUCCAUCAGGAACAGAGGAUGUCGUCAGAAUAUACGCUGAAGCAGACACACAGGAGAAUGCGGAUGCCCUCGCCCACGAAGUAAGCCUGGCCGUUUACCACCUCGCUGGUGGAAAGGGAGCACCACCCCAGCCUAUAUAAUGAAUGAUACAACAGCAGUUAAAUUA